AUGAGAGGCCCAACUGUCCUCAAGGCUACAGACGACAAGACUCGGAAUCUGAACCAACACACCUUGAUGGCAUUUUCUGGCGAGCCGGGUGACGGAGUGCAAUUCGCCGAAUACAUCCAAGCCAACGUCCAGCUAUAUUCGAUGCGCAACGACACCGAACUCAGCCCAGCUGCCGUCGGAAACUUCGUUCGAGGAGAGCUUGCACGAGCCCUGCGUUCACGAAACCCAUAUACUGUCAACUUGUUGCUUGGUGGUGUCGAUGCCAUUACCAACACCCCUAGUCUUUACUGGGUAGACUACCUAGCAUCUCUUGCUGAGGUCCCAUAUGCCGCACACGGAUAUGCCCAAUAUUACUGCCUCUCAAUCCUUGAUAAACACCAUCACCCAGAUAUUGAUUUAGAGCAAGGCUUGAAACUCUUGAACCUUUGCACGGACGAGUUGAAGCGAAGAUUACCUAUUGACUUCAAAGGAGUUCUAGUCAAGGUUGUCACGAAGGAUGGAAUUGAAGAAAUCAAUUAUGAUAACGAAAGGAAAGUGGCGAUUGCAUAA